AUGAUUCCUCGCCUCCUGCUUCUGGGGACCAUCUUCCUUUUGCCGACAGCAUUUGGGGUCCUGGGGAGCUCCGUUCUCCUGUGUCUGUGUAGCUUUCCUUAUCUCACAGGCCGUCGGUGGAGGUCCGUUAACCUCAUUAUCAUUCAGCUGACUUUGGCAAACACCACGUUGCUUUUGUCCAGAAGCAUCCCUAUGAGUAUUGCAGUGCUGAGGACGAAAUACUUCCUGAAUGACUUGGGGUGUAAAACGGUCCUGUAUCUUCAAUGUGUCAGCCGGGAUCUUUCCAUCUGCACCACUUGCCUGUUAAGUUGCUUCCAGGCUAGCAUCAUCAGUCCUAGCGGCUCCCUGGCUGCCAGGAUCAAAACAGGAGCCCCAACACACGUGCUCCCCUCCUGUCUACUCUGCUGGCUCGGCAGCCUCUUUGUAGACAUCGAUGUGCCCAUCCAUGUGAUGGGCCUGAGGGCAGGCCCUCCCAAUCAGACGGAGGCUGUUGAGUUCUUCUACUGCUCCUGGGAACCUUCUUUGGCAGAUUACGUCAUCGUCACUUAUCUUCGAGAUGCAGUCUUGGUGGGACUGAUGGUGUGGACAAGUGGCUACAUGGUGAUUCUCCUGAGGAAACACUCCCGGCAAGUCCAGUACCUGCACAGAAUCAGCCUCCCUCCCAGAGCCUCCCCAGAGAUCAGGGCCUCCAUAUCCAUCCUGCUGCUGAUGAGCAGCUUUCUUUCUUUUUAUUUUAUCAAUAGCUGCCUUGAACUAGGGAAGCGUUAUUUGAAGAAGCCUGAUCUUUGGCUUCAUUAUGUAUCCACUGUCUUGAUGCUCUGCUUUCCAGCCAUCAGCCCCUUUGUGCUGCUCAGCGGCUAUGUCCGAGUACCGGAGUCCUGCUGUGUCAUGUGCACGGGCACAUGA